AUUGGUCUGUUCCUUCACCCCGCCAGUACGACAUAGAAUCAGCGCCAUAAUUAAACGGCGCUUGUAUUUAGACGUCUGGAAUUUUGUUUUUAUGUAUUUUAAAACAAGUUCUAACAAACAAAGAUGAAAACUGUUUUUGAGGAAAGCGUCUUCUACGUCCAUUAGUCAUCUAAAGGCGUGGAGCUUUGCCCGGUAAGUGCAGCUCAGACGGAGCCGAUGCGGCCGGAGCGGGAGGUUAGCAGCGGGCGUUAGCUGCGGGGACCCCGGUGUUACCGUCCUUCAUCCACCGCUCACUGCUUCACUUCACCGGCCUCAGCAAGCAUGAGCUACCCGGUGAACCUCCAGGCCCUGCCCGGCAAAGUUCUUCAGGAGGUUUUCACUCCAGAAAACAUGAGAAGAAGGCGCUCCGUUGGCUCCCUCGCUCAACUGGCGUUCCCUAAAUCCCGCUUGGCUCUGUGGGACAGCAGCGCAGCGGGAGAGAAGCUCCGCCUCCAGCUCUGCUCCCACAGGAAACCUCGGCUUGUCCUCCUGGAGAAAGCUCUGCGCCUGGCGCAGCGCCACGCCCGCCAUAGCAACAAGCCCCGCCUCCACUGUUUCCUCCUGGGGUCGCUCUCUGUGAAUGAAGAUGAGGACGGGGUCACCGUGACCUUGGACCGCUUCGAUCCGGGUCGGGACCAGGCCGGAACCGCGGCGCCAUCUGCUCUGCUUCCUGGAGACGUUCUGGUCCCCUGCGUGGUCGUCCAGUCCGAGACGCCGCAGGACGCCGCUGUCCAAUCAGAGGCUGAGCUUCACCACUGCUUCAAGGCGCUGCAGCAGUUGGUGAGCAGCAGACAGACUCUGGAUCUGUCCCAGCUGCUGAAGGUCAAAGUUCACGUUGUCUGCCGGCAGCAGGCCGACGCCGCCGCGUUCAGCCUCAGCUGGUCGGCCGUCUGUCCUGCCGUCCCUCUGGACGUCCAGCCGGUCCGCGCCGUCCCCAUCAUCCCCACCGCCCUGCUGAGGGCGCUGACGAGCGUCGGCCGACCGGCGCCCCCCGCUGGCCGCCAGCGAGGGUUUCUGACCAUGGAUCAGAGCAGGAAGCUGGUUCUGCUGCUGGAGUCGGACCCCAAAGCCUCCAGCCUGCCGCUUGUCGGCCUCUGGCUGAGCGGCGUCAUACACGCCUACAACCCCCAGGUCUGGGCCUGGAGCCUCAGGUUCAUGUUUGGCUCCGCCCUGCAGGACAGGGUUCUGUCUGAGCUCGGCUGCUUCCUCCUGGUCGUGUUUGGCUCCGCCCACAGAACCCCUCAGUUCUUCCAGUGCCGAGAUUCCCGACCGGGACCGGGAGCCCAGCUGGACUUCCAGCUGCUGACGGCCUCCCAGGCCGCCACGCUCUACCAGCAGGUGGCGCCGGUGGACGGCGGGGCGCUGCGGUGCGAGUUGGACUUGGAGGAUCGCAGCAGGCGGGGCGAAGCGUUCAGAGCGGCUCACAGCGCCUUCAGCAGGGCGACGCCUCCAGCUGCCGGUCCGUCCGUCAGCGAUCAGGACUCUGGAGUGGAGGAUGAGGACUUUUCUCCCCGGCCGUCUCCGAGCCCCCACCCUCCAGCAGCUCAGGCUCGCCGCGUCCAGCCGUCCGUUCCUGAACUCUCCCUGCUGAUCGACGGCAGCUUCUCCUCCAAUCACAGCGCGGGGCGGCACUCUGGCCCCGCCCACAGGCUGCCUCCAGCCAAUAGGAAGCCGGCUUCCCCCGCUGCCUCUUCAUCAGUGCCACAGCCGCCUCCUCUUCCUCACCUCCACAGCACGCCGAACUCCAACCUGCAGCAGCCCUGCGCCUGCUGCUCCGCCCACAACUGCACCUCCAUCUUCCCCUCGCCAGCGCUCCUCCCUGCUGCCGUUGCUCCUCACAUCCAGCAUUCUGCUCCUCUUCCUCCUCCUUCUUCUCUGAAAGCGUCUUCGCCCCUCGCCUCCUCACAGCACUACACCCCCAAACAUCCGUCCACUCCUCCUCUUCCUCCUUCCUCCUCUCAUCAGCAAACUACUCCUCUUCCUCCAAGCCUUCACUCUCCUCUUCCUCUUUUCUGCUCCCAUAAACAGACUCCUCCUCUUCCAUCCACCCCUCCUCUUCCUCCUCCUGCCCCCCUGUGGCACGCAGAGCCCCCCUCCCUCGCUCGCCCCCCGUGUGGGAAUCCCUGCUGUGAGAAAGUGGGCGGAGUCCUGACCUCUGACACCUACCAGCUGCUGCUGCAUCAGGACCAACAGCUGCGCCUCCUGCAGGCUCAGGUCCAGAUGCUGCUGGAGGCCCAGGGGAAGCUGCAGUCGUCCGGCCCGCAGGUCCAAACGCCGACGCCCAGGAGCACCGCCAGCGUCGCCGUGGAAACGGGCGCCAGUUUGUUCUGGGGUCAAAGUCCCGACCGGCCGCUCCUGCAGGAGGAACCGGAACCCAAACCCGACCCCAGAACCCCGCCCUCAUCCUCCUCCAGCGCCUCCGCCUCGUCACAUGACCUGUCGCUGCACAAGCCAGAGGAAGGAGCGAGCUGCUCUCCGUCCGACCCCAACAGCACCAGCGGCCUGCAGAGUCCGGUUCUGGGAGAGAGCGCCAGCAUGUGCGGGCCCCCAGCAGAGCAGCAGAGCUUCUACCAGAACCUGAUGACUCAGCUCAGCAGCCGCCUGCAGGAGUCGGACAGCAGACAGGAAGCGGAGGACGACUCCAACAGGAAGAGCCCGUCUGCAUCCCAGUCCUCCCAGCACUCCCAGUCCUCCCAGCUGUCCUCUUCCUCUUCUGACAGGAAGCGGGACCAGAAGAAGAGGAGGAGUCCGGACGCCGACGCCGUGACCCGAGCGACGCUGCGGCGGCUGCAGCAGCUUGGCGUCGCCGUGGAUACGGAAAAUCUGACAGAGUUGGACAAGAGCCGAAUCAGAGCGGUGGAGACGGCCAGCACGUUGGCGACCAUCGACCCUGCGGCGGUCGUCUCCAGGCUGAGCGUCUCCGAGGCGACGGGCAGCGAUCUGUUCGCCGGCGGCAGCGUGGACCUGAGCCUGGAGGCCAACGCCAUCGCCCUGCGCUACCUCAGCCAAUCACAGCUCAGCAGGCUGUCCCUGGGAGGCCACGCCCCCCUGCACGGCCACGCCCCCUCCGGCUGCGGCGACUCCCUGCUGUCGCCUAGCAACAUGUCCCUGGCCACCAGGAAGUACAUGAGGCGCUACGGCCUGAUUGAGGAGGAGGAGGAGGAGGAAGAGGUCAGAGGUCAGGAGGCCCGACAGCCGCUGAGCGACGCCCUCAACCUGAAGUCCCUCCCACAGAGUCAGCUGAUCCGGGAGCUGCGGCCCAAAAUGCAGCUGUUGGCUGGAACCGGCGCCGGCGAGGAGAAAGAGAACCGAACGGCGCCGGUGGGCCGGACCGGUCCAAACGGGCCGCAGCCAGAGGGAUCGGUCGGGAACAUCCUGGACCUGAGCCGCCUGAGGCAGCUGCCCAAGCUGUUCUGACCCACCAGAACCAGAACCAAACCUGGACUUACUUUAAUACAUGUGAACUUUAGAUGAAGUCGGGUUCUGGUUCUCUUGGACCAGAACCCGGUCAGGUCAGCUGACUCUGUUUUUAUUUUUUUGUUUUCUGGUUUUUAUGUGAAACUUCUUCUGCACUUU